CCGUGGGCAGAGGAAUCGCUGCAGACACGCUGUGCCAGCAAGAGGCCACCUCACCUGAGAGGAGGAAACCCACAGGUCACUGCUUUGGUCCAAAAAGCGGGGGAAAAAAACCACAAAUACAAGGAAAACAGCAACAAUGAUGCAAAAAAAAAACUUCAUUGAAGGCGUCAGUUGGAGAAUCCGCCAGUGAGGAUAUUUUUGCAGCAGCCCCACUCCAGCAAAGCUGUAAUGAUUCACAGUGACCCAUGCAAGGAGAAGCAGGAUCCCUGACCCACCUGUCAGCUCUGGGCAUCCUCCAGACAAGCUUAAAAGCAGCGGGAAGGAGAAGAGUUCAGCCAGAACCGGCUCGAAGGAGGAAAAUCGGAUCAGGUGUGGAGGGAGCAGCUCUUUGCCCAAGGGCUCCGAUGGUGCGCUGGCUCUACCUGUCCGGGCUGGUGCUCGCCGUGCUCAUCCCGGCCGGAGGGCAGCUGGCUCCUGAGGAGCUGCGGCACCUGGCCAGAUGGAAUUUGUUUGGAGCCCAGAACCCCCAGAGCUUCCCGUCCCUCAUCAAGAGACACUCAGAGGGCACCUUCACCAGUGACUUCACGCGGUACCUGGACAGGAUGAAGGCCAAGGACUUCGUGCACUGGCUCAUCAACACAAAGAGGUACAAUUGACAGGAAAUCCGGGCAGCAGCUUUCCAGCAUCAUCCACGUGGGAGCGUUGGACCUCUGCAUCAGCAGCCAGGACUGGGAACUCCAUGGGAGGGAUUUGAAGGAUUCACCCACCCCACACAUCUCUGGAGCCCUGCCCCAUGGGGAGGAUUUGAAGGAUUCACUCACCCCACACAGCUCUGGACCCAUCCCCUGCCCCAUGGGGAGGAUUCACCCACCCCACACAAAUCCUGGAGCCAUCCCCUGCCCCAUGGGGAGGAUUUGAAGGAUCCAUCCCCCACCCCACACAUCUCCUGGAGCCAUCCCCUGCCCCAUGGGGAGGAUUUGAAGGAUUCACUCACCCCACACAGCUCUGGACCCAUCCCCUGCCCCAUGGGGAGGAUUCACCCACCCCACACAGCUCCUGGAGCCAUCCCCUGCCCCAUGGGGAGGAUUUGAAGGAUUCACUCACCCCACACAGCUCCUGGAGCCAUCCCCUGCCCCAUGGGGAGGAUUCACCCACCCCACACAUCUCCUGGAGCCAUCCCCUGCCCCAUGGGGAGGAUUUAAAGGAUUCACCCACCCCACACAUCUCUGGACCCAUCCCCUGCUCCAUGGGAAGGAUUUGAUGGGUUCACCCACCCCACACAGCUCCUGGACCCAUCCCCUGCUCCAUGGGAAGGAUUUAAAGGAUUCAGCCACCCCACACAGCUCCUGGAGCCAUCCCCUGCCCCAUGGGGAGGAUUCACCCACCCCACACAUCUCUGGACCCAUCCCCUGCCCCAUGGGGAGGAUUUGAAGGGUUCACCCACCCCACACGUCUCCUGGACCCAUCCCCUGCUCCAUGGGAAGGAUUUGAUGGGUUCACCCACCCCACACAGCUCAUGGAGCCAUCCCCUGCCCCAUGGGGAGGAUUCACCCACCCCACACAUCUCUGGACCCAUCUCGUUCUCCAUGGGAGGAUUUGAAGGAUCCAUCCCCCUCCCCACUCCUGGAGCCGUCCCCUCCUCCCCAGGCACCUCCUCCUGAAAUCUGCCCCCGUGGAUCCAGCCUGGCUUCCUCUGGCUUCCUUUUCCCUGCACUUUUCCCUAAUGCCAAUAAAACCUUUGCUCAAUCCUGCUGCUGGUUCCUUCCCAAGCAUCCCACGGGGAUCUCACACACUCUCAGGGGAUUUCCAGGCUCUGACUCCCCAUUGCUGCCUCGUUUUUCCCUGAAUUCCUCAAUUUUCAGAUAAAAGGGACAACCAGGAUGUGCCCACCUGA